AUGCUUCGAGGCGCAUCCCGCUGGUUCCUGGCCAAAACCCUCCCCCAUCUCGAUGACCAAGAGAGGGCCUUCCAGCCCGUGCCGCGCCGCGCAACGUUCGACUCUGCCGCCAGCGCAAACAGGCCCAUCACCAUCGUCACGACCGACGAAAACGCCCUCGUGCCCCAUCGGGACAAACUCCUCGUCUUCCGCUCCCUCACGGGCAUCGACACCGUGCCCACCGUCUCCGGCGACGGCCAUGCUCAGCGGGCCGCCCCCAACUUGGGCAUCUAUCCUCGCGUGAUCAAGGCCGAGAGGAAAGCGGCCCGCGGCUUCAAAGUGUACAACAUCAUUGUCAACGUCUGCCUCGGCACACAAAUCGUAGUUGCGGCGUCGUUGACGGCCCUCGGCGCCGCAGACGGUUCCCGUGUCGCCGUGACUGCUUUUGGUGCCAUCAACACCAUCAUUGCCGGGUUUCUUACCUAUCUGAAGGGGUCGGGCAUGCCGCAGCGUUUGAAGUUUGUUCAGGACGAGUUCAAGGCUGUGCGGGAGCAUAUCGAGCAGCGUGAGCGCGAGUUCUGUCUAGCCGACUGUCCGCUGGACCCCAUUGUUGAGGCGGCCAUCAUUGACGACAUGUAUCAGGAUGCGAAGAAGGACCUGGAGGGGAUCAACAAGUCGUCUGGGGGGAAGCAGGCGGAGAGGGGCGAGCGUAGAAAAGAGGUAGGAACAGUGGCGCCGUCUCUGGGGCAUAGGUUGUCCAAGUUGACCGAAUCAACAACCGGUCCGCCUCGCGUGCCGGGACUGGACAAGAUUUGA